AUGGCUGCCGACUCCACCAUGAGACCUGAAGUGGAGGAGCUGCAGAGGAGGGCCAAUCAGGUGACAGAUGAGUCCCUUGAGAUUACCAGAAACAUGAAGCUUCUGUUGGAGGAGAGUAAAGAUGCAGGAAUCAAGACACUUGUUAUGCUGGACGAGCAGGGAGAGCAACUGGACCGCAUAGAAGAGGGCCUGGACCAGAUCAACAAGGACAUGAAGGAGGCUGAGAAAAAUCUAACUGACAUGGCCAGGUGUUGUGGUCUGUGCAUCUGGCUAUGUACAAAACUAAAGGACUUCGAAGCAAGUGGGGCGUAUAAGAAGGUUUGGGGUAAUAAUCAAGAUGGGGUGGUGUCUAGCCAGCCCUCUUCUCGAGUUGUGGAUGAAAGAGAGAAGAUGACCAUGAGCGGUGGAUAUAUUAGAAGAGUGACAAACGAUGCAAGGGAGGAUGAAAUGGAGGAAAACUUGGCACAGGUCGGCAGUAUCCUUGGCAACCUCAGAAGCAUGGCACUUGACAUGGGCAAUGAAAUCGACACUCAGAACGUCCAGAUUGAACGCAUACAGAGCAAGGCCGUGGUCAAUGAAUCCCGCAUCAAUGAGGCCAAUCAGAGGGCCACAAAGCUAAUAGCAAGAUAA